AGAAACAGUUAUGACGUUUAAACGCGGGAAUCUCGCGCCAUUCCCGCGUCUGUUCGCCGCGGUCCAUUCAGAUCUGCAGUCAGCGGUUAUCUUCAUGACUUUACGAGCUUCGAGGAGCUUCGAGUUGCCUUGCUAUGAAAGUGAUUUUUCCAGCGCCAUAAUCUGUAAAAACAAUCGAAAAUGAUCUACAGAAUGAUAUAUCCUCUAGUCUUAAAUUUUGUCAUGUCCACUGUGGUGUUUGUAGUGGCUUUGAAGUUGAUCUCGGGCAUGAAAUCCCUUUUUGCCAAAGCUGGAUUGGCUGGGAAAGACAUGAACAAGAAAGACAGCAAGGAGAUGAUUCCAGAAGGUCUUGGAGUUGUCACUGGAGCAGUAUUUCUCAUUGCAAUGUUUCUGUUUAUUCCCUUUCCUUUUCUCACUAUAUGGUUUGAGAAAGGCGACUAUGAUUUUCCUCAUCACGAAGUAAGUUCAAUCUGCUAGUAAAGAAUGACAUAAUCUGAGACCUGCAGGUCAUAAACUAAGGUUAGGUGUAGGUAAAUAUGU